GGAGGGAGCGGCUGGACGCUGACAGACUUGGCCCGCUGCGCUUGCCGUAGCGCCCCCCGACAGUAAACACGAAAUAGAAUUCUUUAUUUCUGAUUUUUCAACGUUCGAGCGAGAAAAGCAAAGGAGUCCGUACAAGCGCUAGUGCUGCGGCUGUCUCGCGUGCUUUCCGAGCGUUUGCACUUCGCCUCCACCUUUGUCCCCCCGCCGCUCCCCGGCCGCCUCUGCUCCCGGUCAGGUAUUUGGUCCCUUCAGAACCAUGGCGGAAUACUCCUAUGUGAAGUCCACCAAACUCGUGCUCAAGGGGACGAAGGCUAAGAGUAAAAAGAAAAAGAGCAAAGAUAAGAAGAGAAAAAAGGAAGAGGAUGAAGAAACCCAACUUGAUAUUGUUGGAAUCUGGUGGACAGUAACAAACUUUGGUGAAAUUUCAGGAACCAUAGCCAUUGAAAUGGAUAAAGGAACCUAUAUACAUGCACUUGACAAUGGUCUUUUUACACUGGGAGCUCCACAUAAAGAAGUUGAUGAGGGCCCUAGUCCCCCAGAGCAGUUUACAGCUGUCAAGUUGUCUGAUUCCAGAAUUGCCCUAAAAUCUGGCUAUGGAAAAUAUCUUGGUAUAAAUUCAGAUGGACUUGUUGUUGGGCGUUCAGAUGCAAUUGGACCAAGAGAACAGUGGGAACCAGUCUUUCAAGAUGGGAAAAUGGCUUUAUUGGCCUCAAAUAGCUGCUUUAUUAGAUGUAAUGAAGCAGGUGAUAUAGAAGCAAAAAGUAAAACAGCAGGAGAAGAAGAAAUGAUAAAGAUUCGGUCCUGUGCUGAAAGAGAAACCAAGAAAAAAGAUGACAUCCCGGAAGAAGACAAAGGAAAUGUGAAACAGUGUGAAAUCAAUUAUGUAAAGAAGUUUCAGAGCUUCCAAGACCACAAACUUAAAAUAAGUAAAGAAGACAGUAAAAUUCUUAAAAAGGCUCGGAAAGAUGGAUUUUUGCAUGAGACGCUUUUGGACAGGAGAGCCAAAUUGAAAGCUGAUAGAUAUUGCAAAUGACCAGGAUUUUUGUUUCUGCCUUUUUGUUUUUUCUGAAUAAAAUAUUCAGUGGAAGUGUUUUUACAAAGUU